AUGUCUCGAGAUUUAAUUCCGGGCUCUGACGACGAGGCCGAGUUGCGGCUCGACUUGCCUGAAUCUGUGGUAGAUGGAGGGUCAGAUAUUGCAGUAGACACGCGCGGCCCUUCAACCGUUCCAGGUUCACCUCUAGCUGACUCGCCUGUUCAAGAGAUAGUUCCAAUUGCAAGGGGCAAUAUAGUACCAGUGAGGGAAAAAGAACGCAAGAAGCGAAAAUCGACAUCAAGGGAUCAAAUAGUCGAACUCAGCGACGAUGAUGACGAAUACAAUGCGAAGCCAAAACCAAAAUCGAGAGGAAGGAAGGCCGCAGUUGAUAAUAAAGAAGGAAAUGCAAAGAAGAAUACAAAGCGAGCAACGAACAAAGGCCGACGCGCCUCGUCCAUUCCAGAGAGCAAGACAUCAGCAGAAGACGCAGCAAACUUUGAACAACUCACUCACGUUUCUGAUGAAAAUUCGGAUCUAGGAAUGGAUUCAAACGAGGGAUCCGUCACAUAUGAGCGGCGAAAAUCGGAAGACCUUGGGCAACUCAAGGUACCCAAGAAGCGGAAGUCAGCCGCUAGAGAAGAGAACCCAAAAGCGACGAAGCGCAGGAAGACCAUAACCAUCGAAUCCGACGACGAAGUUCAACCUCCUGCGCCGAGCGCCCGACGUAACAAAAGAGUAGUCAACUCUAUUGUCGAUCCUGAUACUUCGCCGGAUGAGCUCCAAAUUCCUGACCGUCGUCGGAGCAGAUCGUCAAAAGAGCCGAAUCCGACGCAACUUACACAACCAAAACCCGCGAACCCUAGAGUACAUCGAGUAUCAAAGUCCACUUCCCCUUCACCGGAUGCCCCCGAGCAGACAGAGGGUCAUGAAGAUGUUGAUGAUCCUCCUGUUGAAGCAAACGAGUCGACAGAGGUCAUCGUGUCGGACAAAGUGAAAGUACCCAGCGAUCAAGCGAAGGAACCCCCUGUCAAACCAACCCCGCGCCUCUCGAAUACUUUCGACUCGGGCCACUACAUCCCAAAACGAGGGUCUGUCUCCGACAUUCUUCGCAAGACUGGCCUCCACUCGCGUCUCAGCUCUAGUAAACUCACGAAAGGAUCCACUGUCAAGAUUGCACCUUUGCAUCUUAACCGGAAAACACCUCCCCCUCCACCAGUUCCGAUCAAGAAACCUCAAAAGGCGAAAAAUGAAGAUGAGGAAGAAGAAGAACCAGACUUCACUGGCAUGACAAAGAAGCAGAUUGAGCGUUACUGGGAGGAGAAGAAAUAUCGAGCCUGGUUCAGCCCAUAG